AUGAAAGCCUUCGCUGCAGAGCUGCGCGCCGAGAGUUGGGGACGUAGAACACCCCCGAUUCGAUUCGUUGUGUCAGUUUUGAGCGGAGGCGAAAAUAAAGGGGAUGGGCUCUCCGUGGAGCCUUGGCGUUUCUAUAAGUCGUCGAGGUUCCUCCGUAGUUCCACCACAACUUUGCGCCUUUUUUUCUCAGCUUUCGCGAGACUCACGGAUUUUUUCAUUUUCGCUUGCGCAGAUGACGUGAUCGAUCAAAGUUCUAGGUGCGUACUGGACAACUAUGAUUCCAGAGGGCUGAUCAGGCUUAGGCCGCAUGUGCUGCUCUCCCGUCGUUCUAAGGUACAGCCGAUAGCGUCGGCAUGGGUGAGUAGGGGGCUGCCUUUCCACAGUUCUCUGCUCAAUCGUCGUCGCGACAUUUCAUUAUUCUUCGUGCUCGCUCGUCCAUGCAUUGGCGGUGAUUCCAAAAAUCUGAUGCUGAUUAUCUAUGAGGCUUAA